AGACGCCAUCUUGAAAUCCGUUAAAAACAAAGCAGGCCACCGGUAGAUUUUAAAUGCACGGUUCAAGAACGCGAACACCUAACAGGAUUGCGUGCUGAUUCUUCGCCUGUUCAUAGUUGCUGCACCAGUCGUAAGUCCUUCAAAGCCAAGGUUUCCUGCAUGUUUAGAAAUGGGUUCUGCCCUAAGCCGCCAUCUGCGAGACCUCGGAGACGUUGGAGGUUUUGAGACUCAAUAUGUGUCUGUACCCGACCCUGCCAACCCUCAAACAGAGAUCAAGCCAUCAACAGAAGCCGACUCGUGUCCUGUUACGCCCACUUCCAACCAACCAAUUCGUGCAAUGGAUUUCGACCCCCGAUCACCAAGUACUGAAAUAGUUCGGACACCCAUUGAGGUUGGUCCUAAGUUUUCUCAAAGGGUUGCUGAAGACUCCCCAACUGUGUUGAAAAUACGCAAGAGCUAUCUGGAAACGGACUUGGAUACUUUGUCAACCAGUGAAUCACAUGCGAAACCAGAAGAUUCCAUUAAUGAGCAAGAUACAUCUUUGCCGCCUGGUCUUUCUUGUGCACAUUUGAUGAAACUUCGUUUUCUGGGAAUUGACCCACGUUCUCCUUCAACCAAUAUAGUUCGGACACCUAUUCAGAUUGGAAAACAUCCACAGAGAAAUCCAUCUCCUCUUCAUUUUGAUGAUACAAUGAGUGUUGGUUCACUCUCCAGUCAGGACCUAUUUAAUAAUUCCCUUUGUUCUUCUGAAUUUACUCGCGAUUGUAGUGAUCCAUCUGCAUUUAUCAGCGAGGUUGAAGACGAGAGUGAUAAGGAGAAUGAAGACACUGUUUCUACUCCUGAAACGGAACUUAAACCUGAAACUGAUGGCCUGAAAGAUGACAUAUCUCCUCCACCUCCUACUUUGGUUCAUGAUCAUCAAAGCAAUGAGGGGGUACCAAAAGCAGGAAAUAAACUCCAAGUUUUCCAAGAAGUUGCUGUCCAAAAGUGUGACUCAGAUGAAAAACAAUGUUUGUCAACGCCAGAGGGCACUAAAAAGGUUGGAACCAAUCGCUCAAGAACUCCUCUUACCCCGAUUUGCAACCGUAAUAGAACUCCCAACAGUAUUUUAAGAGCAAAGCAAACUCAAACCAUUGAAAAAGAAAUGUUGACAAAAGUUAAAAUUUAUUCAUCUGACGAUCACAUUGUUACUCCUUCGAAAAUCCGACCACUAGGUAGCAGCAAGAAGGAGAACUCUAAUGUCAAUGGGAGAUCAAAUCGUAAAGGUCUUGCCAACAAUAAUGAAAACUUAUUAACGUCAACUUCCAAGAAGCAAGUUCUUGCUCAAUGGGACCAGGAUACAUCAGUUGUUAUUUAAACUAAGAUUUUGACAGGUUUUAUAGUAUUGUUUCUUAGUAUUUAGUUAAAAUUUGAAAUAAGAUUUGUCCCCACUUACAGGAAUAAGUUUUAUCUGUAACAACUGCGACCUUUUUGUCACAAGGUUCAUCGUAUGCUGGCUACCACUAGGGUGGUACAAUAAUUCAUACAUAGUUUGUAAUGUCUUUUUGACAUGCCUAACAAUUGAACUGUAUUUUAAAUAAGUUUUAAGUGCACUUUGCAUGACUUUUCUCAAUUAAUAAUUGAUAAUUUGUUUUGGAUCAUCACCAUAUUAGAUUAUAGUAUGUAAAUAAAGCACAUAAACAAAUAUG